GACACCUCAGGCCGUUGCUUGUGCUCCUCUGUCCUUUUCCAAGCAAACCGUAUCAGUUGCAAUGGAUGAUGAUGUGUCGCCCGAGGCGAUCGAGCACCAUAAGUAUGUGUAACCACACUCUGCAGACACGGCAGGCGAGUUUGCCAUGACGACGCUGCCACCACAGCAGCGGCGCGCGCUCCCCGCGUGGGCAGAACCGGCUGCCCGCGCGGUGAACGCCGAGGUGCGCGCACAGCGCGGCAUCGCGCUCCCGCUCAUCGGCAUGAACCUCACGUGGUUCGCCAAGAUGGCCGUCACGACUGCCUUCCUCGGCCGCCUCGGCGACCUGGAGCUGGCCGCCGGCACCCUCGGCUUCAGCUUCGCCAAUGUCACCGGCUUCGCCGUUCUCACCGGACUUUGUGGCGCCAUGGAGCCCAUCUGCGGCCAGGCGCACGGCGCCAAGAACGUCAGCCUCCUGCGCAGGACGCUUGUCAUGGCCACCAUCCUGCUCCUCGCCGCCUCCAUCCCCAUCGCGCUCCUCUGGCUACGCGUCGACGCCGUCCUCCUGCGCUUCGGCCAGCAGCCGGACAUCGCCAGCACCGCCAGGAAGUACGUCGUCUGCCUCCUCCCGGACCUCGCCGUCACCUCCUUCCUCAACCCGCUCAAGGCCUACCUGAGCUCGCAGGAGGUGACGCUCCCCACGCUGUUCACCACCGCCCUGGCCCUCGCCCUCCACAUCCCCCUCACCAUGUCGCUCUCCGCAAGGAAGGGCAUAGAGGGCGUCGCCGCGGCCAUCUGGAUGAGUGAUCUGGCCGUGGCGAUCAUGCUCGCCGCCUACGUGCUCGCGUACGAGCGCCGGCGGAAGGCGGAUAGCAGCGCAAACGACCCCGCGAAGACGUGUGGCUGGCUGCAGCAGACGUUGGGAGGCUGGCUGGGGCUCCUCCGGUUGGCGUUCCCCUGCUGCCUGAACACGUGCCUGGAGUGGUGGUGCUACGAGAUCCUGGUCCUCCUCACGGGCCGCCUCCCCGACGCGCGGCGCAUGGUGGCCGUGAUUGCCGUGACGCUCAACUUCGACUACCUCCUCUUCGCGGGCAUGCUCUCGCUGUCCGUGAGCGCGUCUGUGCGCGUGUCGAACGAGCUUGGCGCCGGGGACGCGUCCUUGGCGCGCCGGGCCGCCAGGGUGUCGAUCGUGGGCGGCGCGCUGGCCGGCGUCGUGGGCGGCCUGCUGAUGCUGGCUGCACGGCGGCCGUGGGCCCGCAUGUACACCCGCAGCGCGGAGGUGCGGGACGGCGUGGGCAGGGCGAUGAAGGUGAUGGCGCUACUGGAGGUGGUGAACUUCCCGCUGAACGUGUGCGGCGGCAUCGUGCGGGGCACGGCGCGGCCUUUGGUGGGCAUGUAUGCGGUGGUGGGCGGGUUCUACGUGGUGGCGCUGCCGGUAGGCGUGGCGCUGGGGUUCAAGGCCCGGCUGGGACUGGAGGGCCUCCUGGCGGGGUUCCUGGUGGGCGCGGCGGCGAGCCUGGCGGUGCUCGUUACGGUGAUCGUGUGCAUGGACUGGACAUCCGAGGCAGAGAAGGCGAGGAGGCGAGCCGGCGCCACCGAUGAUGAGCCCACCACCAAGGAGGCAUCUCGAAACUGCAAUACCGGCGAGGCUUGCUGAUCGCGGCUCGUCGUCGUGGUGGGAGCUCAGCUGCACCUGCAUGGCAUUGCGUCGUUGGGAUUUUGGCGCGCGCUCGAAUGAAGUGCCCGCUUUGACUUGACUUGAUUAGUUUACUGCAGUUUAUAGACGGAAGAUGCAUGCAGAGGUUUCUCUUCUCAGAA